AUAUUGGAACAACUUGUGUACGAAAACUCAGAUGAUUAUUCUACGGGUCAAGAAGGAACACUUCAACACACAUCACCUUUAUUUAUUACUCUCUUCGUCACAUAAUGUGACGUGUUCGAAUUUUGAGAGUCAAAUAAAUUAUUCUUUGAUCGUAAAGUUUUUCACAUACCUUUUAAAUAUUUUAAAUUAUUAAUUAUUAUGAGUUAUAAUACUUUUUACUUAGUUUUCAAAUACAUAAAUUUUAUUUUGAAGAAUUUAAAGAUUUUAUAUUCAAACACACGGUCAAAACUAAAAAAAUUGAAUCUUAAAAAGCAAAAAGUGUCACAUAAAUUAGGACAAAAGGGAGUACAAACUGUGAUAUGAAUUUAAUUGGUCUCAAAAAUCUUAUGUUUGUCUAUAUUGUUUUAUUUUUUAGUGAUGUCACUAUUACAACUCCCUCCGUCCUAAUUUAUGGGAUUAGUUUGACUAGGUACGGAGUUUAAGAAAUAACGAGAUGUCACUAAGACUUUUAAAUCUUGUGGUCUAAAAUAAGUCAAAGAUAUUUGUAUGAUUAUAAAUCAUCUCGUUAAAUGUAAAACGUAAAGUUUAAAGUUAAAUCGUUGACAAUUAGGAAAUGUGUUAUUUUUUUAUUUUUUUUUUGAACUGAUUAAAAAAGAAGGUGUAUCAUAUAAAUUGAGUAAUUAAGACGAGUGAUAUUAAAGAGAAAAACCUUUUAUUUUUGUUUGCAACCAAUUCCUUUUCCUGAUAGGAAUCGCUAACACUUUUCUUUCUAAUAGUCCGAACGUGGGUUUUUGGUUCUCUAAGUUGUCAUUUUUUCCUUAUUUUGUUGGGUAGUUUUGGAAAGACUUGUGAUAUUAAUUUUUAAUUAUUUUUCCUGUUGAAAGUUUCCAAAUUUAAAGUUUCUUAGUUAAGUUUUACAAUUUAUUAUUUUAAUAAAAGUAACAUUUGAAUCCCGUGCUAUUUGGGAUGGAAUUUUCCUAUAUAUACGGUUGAAUUUUGUUUCUCUUCUUUACCUCUCUUAGAACGAUUCUUUUAGCACUGAUUGAUCACUAAAAAAAACAAUGGAGACCAACGUGACAAUUUUGAGUAUUGAUGGAGGAGGCAUUAGGGGAAUCAUACCUGCCACCAUUCUUGAAUAUCUUGAAUCUCAACUUCAGGAAUUGGAUGGCGAGGACGCAAGGCUCGCCGAUUAUUUCGAUAUAAUCGCAGGAACGAGCACAGGUGGAUUGGUGACGGCCAUGUUAACUGCACCAAACAAAGAAGGACGUCCUCUUUUUGCUGCUAAAGAUAUCACACCUUUCUAUCUUGAACAUGGCCCAAAGAUCUUUCCACAUAAUGGGGGGUUGUUUGGAUCAAUAAGAAAGAAAUUUAAAUCUCUCGUGAGACCAAGGUAUAACGGGAAAUAUCUUCACCAAGUUAUAAAGGAGAAACUAGGCGAGACUCGGCUACUUGAAACCUUAACGAACAUUGUUAUUCCAACUUUUGAUAUCAAGAAUUUGCAGUCAAGAGUCUUCUCUACUUUUGAGGCCAAAGAAAAUCCAUUAAUGGAUGCUCGGCUAUCAGAUAUAUGCAUCAGCACAUCUGCAGCUCCAACAUAUCUUCCAGCCCAUUAUUUCAAGAACCAAGACAAAGAUGGCAACUUUCAAGAAUUCAAUCUUGUAGAUGGUGGAGUUGCAGCCAACAAUCCGGCCCUUAUAGCAACGACGGAAGUGACCAAGCAAAUCCUCCAUGGGAAUUCAGAUUUCUUUCCGGUAAAGCCAGAUGAUUAUGGUCGCUUUUUAGUGAUCUCACUAGGUACAGGAACAUCAACAAAAAUGAAAUUGAAAUACAAUGCUAAAACAGCAGCCAAAUGGGGUCUUUGCAAAUGGCUCCUCUAUGGUGGUUCAUCUCCAAUCUUGGACCUUCUUACUCAUGCCAGUGAUGAUAUGGUUAAUUUCCAUAUUUCUGCCCUCCUCCAAGCACUUCAUUCCGAAAAUAAUUAUCUUCGCGUUCAGGAUGACACAUUGACAGAGACUGAUUCCUCCGUUGACAUAUCAACAGAGGUUAACAUGAGGAGAUUAGUUGAAAUUGGGAAGAAAUUGCUGAAAAAAACAGUUUCAAAGAUUGAUUUGCAUACAGGUCUACUUGAACCGUGUGAACAUAGUGGCUCAAAUGAAGAAGCUUUGAAAAGGCUCGCUAAGUUGCUUUCAGAAGAAAGAAGACUUAGGAAAUCCAAGGCAGCUUUACCAAACAACAGACUAUAG